CACACACACACACACACACACACACACACACACACACACACACACACACACACACACACACACACACACACAGCCAGAGAGACAAGAGGCAAGUCGCAACUUCAGAGCAGUUUACCUGUGGCGGUCCACACGCGAGCUGAUCUGUGGAUACCUGACCCUGAAACAGAAGACACAAAGUAUAUUUGCCAUCUGCGAGGACGGGAAAGACAAUUCGGGGAAACCUGUCAUUAUAUCGCAGCGAAGGCUGACGCCAGUUGACUUUAAAGUAAAUACGAUUUAUCAAAAGGAACUAGAUUACCGGGAUCACGGUCACUUCAGAUUGCGCUCGUUCGAGCAGACGUCCCGUUUCCCACAGCCUCACGGGCUCCAUGAAGGAUGCGCGUGCGCUCGGGCACACGCGCUUGAUGAGGCGGCCGGUGCUAUCAUGCGUGUGUUGGCCGAGGCCAGCGUUCAGUGCCUGCGGCUCGCCUUCCUGCUGAUGGUGGCGGCCGGCGCGGCGCCCUCUCCGGCUCUGAGCGCCGGCUGCCCCGAACGCUGCGUGUGUGACGAGCAGCUGGUGGUACAGUGCGCCGGGCAGCGGCUGAGCGUCUUCCCCGUGGACCUACCGCUUGCCACGCGCCAGCUGAUCCUGAGCGACAACCGCAUUGGCGAGCUGCCGCCUCUGCAACUUAACUAUCUGUCCGACCUGGUGUACCUGGACUGCAGCAACAACUCUCUGACCGAGAUCUCAGAGUCGACCUUCGGCAACCUCCGUAAGCUCGCCUACUUGGAUCUGUCGUUCAACGCGCUAGCGCGCAUCGAGGACCGCACGUUCGGCGCACUCGUCAGCCUUGUCAUGUUGCGCCUCACAGACAACCCGGGCCUGUCCGAGAUCCAUGCGGACGCAUUCGCCGAAAAUACCGCGCUGCAGGUUCUCGACGUGAGCCGGAACAACUUGACGACGCUCAACGUGAGCACUCUGGUGGCGCUUCCAGCUUUACGCGCUCUCGGCCUCAGCGGAAACCCUUGGCGCUGCGACUGUGACACUGAGGACCUCUGCCUGUGGGUGCACAUCGAGGGCUUCAAGUUUCAAGAUGAAGGUCAAACGGUGUGCCAGAGUCCAGCGGAGCUGCGUGGCCGUCGCCUGGCUGAGGUGGGCAUGCAGCUGCGCUCUGAAUGCCAUCAGGGUCUGGGCUACUGGGACUACCUGUUCUUCAUUGCCAUUGGCUUCGUCAUCUUCUCAGCAGGCACCGUUUCAGCCUGGGUGAUGGGUGUGCUCAUGGUGCUCUAUGAGCGCUACAGCAAAAGGAAGAGUGAGGAGGUGGACAGCUUAGAUGAUGAGAACGUGCCUAUCCGCAACGCUGGGAGUAGCCAUGGCAACGGGGACCUGAGCAAGCCCAGCAUGCAGGUGUGAUCAGGGGGUUGGAUGAGGAUGACGAUGAUCACCGCUACCCCCUUAACACAUAACAGGAGGACAAAAAGUGGAGCAGUGGAAAGGAUACUGGCCACUAAUUACCAAGAUGGAGUAUGGCAUUUUUAAUGACAAAGGUGACUUGAAUGCACUCUGUGAAUGUGUCAGAGUAGAUGUUCCGUUAAAAGGAAGGAAAAAGAGAAAAAUCCACAUAGAGUGCAUUUAUUUCCCCCCAGAUUAUCAUUUUGGGUUCCAAGUAGUUUUAAAGCUUCGGAGUAAAGUCUUUGGAUCUGUGGGCUUAUAUCUAGUAAUAACAGACUUAAACCUGGACACUGUGUGCAUGUGUGCAUAUAAAUAUGAUGACAGAACAGGAGAUUGAACAGGUCCCAGCCUAGCUGAACAGAAUAAACUCAGGCAGAGUGAAACAGAGAAUGAGACCUAGUCCCCACUUACACUGGUUUUGGUUGCUGUUUUUUUUCUGGCCUCACAAGCAUUUUCAGCCCAUUUCCAAAAAAGCUUAUCAUUUCAAAAAUGAAAAAUGAAAACAUGAUGGGCUUGCACACAUGAUGGGUUUCUGGCCAAUGACCUUUACAUCAUUUCCAACAUUUUCAUUUGUUUUGACAUGUAUGCCUCAGCAUCGCUUGUAUAUGAUCAGUCGAACAUGAAAUACAAUUACCUAAUACAAAAAAAACAAAACAAAAAAAAAACAGCAUCUUCUCCAGUCUGGUCCACCAGAAUUGUGGACAUCAUGUGGUAAUCACACAUCAGUUCACUCUCAGUGGUUAAAAAUGUUGUUUUCAGAAAAGGUAAAUUUUGAAAUUUAUCAGUGUUAGUGAAGACUAGGCCUGAGAAAGAGGGGCACGGCAUAUACAGGUCGCUGAUCUCUGACAUCUGGGCUGAGUUAAUGACGUGUUAAUAAUGCUCUUAUACAUUCUCUCUCUCCUACACAUUUGCUUGCUUAGAGAGUGAUUUAAUGAGAUGGGAUGGAGUGAAUCACAGGGCAGGCUGACUGUCCCUCUGUCAGGUCAGUGAGUUAAGGGAGGGAAUGAGGGCUGAUAUGAAUGACUCAUCUAGAAAGGAAGAGGUAAAAAAUGAGUAGUGCGUGCAAUAGAUAAUCUGUAAAGCUAAUUUGCCAGAGAAGGGGGGGGGUUGGGUUGGUGGUUGGGGUUGAUCAUUCAGCUGAUUGUUUGAUCAGCCAAAACACAAUAAGCCAGUAAGUUUGUAUGCACUAUACCCCUAAGCCUUACACACAGUAAAACCAGUGCAGCCUGAACAUACCGCAUAUCACAUACGGCAUAGGUGACCCUGAUGGCAAUAUUGUGUGUGUGUGUGUGUGUGUGUGUGUGUGUGUGUGUGUGUGUGUGUGUGUGUGUGUGUGUGUGUGUGUGUGUGUGUGUGUGUGUGUGUGUGAUUUAUGAAAUUAUGAAAUAAUUAUGAAACCAUUGUCUGCAUGCUGUGGCUUUGGCAAGACUCAGCCUUAAGCUAUGUUCACACUGGUUAUUUUGCAGUCAAGUGCAGAAGUUUGUAUACACUUAGGACAAAUUAAACAAGAAAAAAAAAUAAGCUUCAUGUAAGUACAUGUAAGAAUGUUCCCAGUGGCACAGCAGUGCAGUGGGCAGCUCCCAGUUUGAUCCUGAGCUCAUGUUACAGUCUGUGUGGAGUUCCUCAUUCCAGGAGGAUCUACUGCUGCAUAAGACUCAAGGUCAUAACACGUAACACGUAAAACCAAAGAAAAACGGCCCAUCAACUCGAGAACACUCUCUCCAAGGACAGUCUCCUCAAUCCUGAGUUCAGCAAAUGAUGUUGAAACAUGAUGAAAUAUGGCUGCUUACAGUGUGAAAUGUAAAAAUAGAGCAGAAUAUUUGCUUUAGAUCAACAUCCAGACGGAUCCUCACUGAUUGUCCAGUUCUGUCUUUUGAGGAGGAAAAUAUACAGAACUCAUCACAGUUAGUUGGUUAACUCAGGGAGAGAGAGAGAGAGAGAGAGAGAGAGAGAGAGAGAGAGAGAGAGAGAGAGAGAGAGAGAGAGAGAGAUUUUUAAGAGAGAGGUUUUUGAACCACUUUGCAACUCGAAUGCAGUUAAUGACGCAUUCUGAUUUUCCAUUUUUGAGGUAAUAUUUCUAUUUUGCU